AGCAGCUGCAUAGAAUGUUUCUAACUUUAAGUGGAAGUCAGGGUCACUCUCGGCAAGGGCUCUUUCCACCGGCAGACCUCUAAUUACUCAGGCUCGGAAACUGCUCGGUUGCCUAGCACCGCGGCCGUCUGCCCGAGUCGUCUUUCCUUGCAGCUCCUCUACACCGGUCGCCUAGCUCCCGAAGCUCCGCGACUGGGGCCAAGGCUGAGACUAGUGCUACCCAGAGCAGCUCAGGAGGUGCCAACACCGCCGCCCGCCCGGGAGGACUAUGCUGCGCGGAAAAGCCCGGCUCAACGUGGAGUGGCUGGGCUACUCGCCGGGUCUGCUCCUCGAACACAAGCCCCCCCUGGCUGCGCGCACGCCGCGCAGCCCCCGCGGAAAUGAAAGUUCGUUGGCGUCGACCUUGAAAACACUUUUGUUUUUCACAGCAUUAAUGAUAACUGUGCCCAUCGGCUUAUAUUUCACAACCAAAUCUUACAUCUUUGAAGGCGCCCUUGGGAUGUCCAACAGGGACAGCUAUUUUUAUGCGGCCAUUGUUGCAGUGGUUGCCGUUCAUGUGGUGCUGGCCCUUUUUGUGUAUGUGGCUUGGAAUGAAGGCUCACGACAGUGGCGAGAAGGAAAGCAAGAUUAACGUGACAUCGCCUUUUGAUAGCAUGAAAGUGAUUUUGUAAAAUACGGUAAAUGCUGCUGUGGGCAUUGAUAAUGAAUACAUCCUAUUUUAAUAAACUUGAAAGAGUACGUUAAAGUCAGUCUGGAGGCGUCACGUCUGACCAGUGUAAAUUUUGACCCACCUCAUACAGUGGCUUUUGUAAUCAGUUUUAACUUUGAGUCUUUCCUUUGCACAUAAAAAUUUGGAAAAGUUAAGUUAGAUAAAAAUGAGUCUGUUAAACAAGUUACACGUUAUUCUGGGAAGAAUUUGAUUGGCUGACGGUGAAAUGUUUUGUAGCAGUUUGUCUUUUAGUUGCUUUUCAGUUUUACUCCUCUGGAUAUAUUAGGACACACUCAGUGAAGCAAAUCUGAGCUUUGUUUUAAGCUGGAACACUUUCCCUGUCAGGAAGAUACCAGGUUCUUGCGUUUGGGAUUCUAAUUUCCUAUGCUUCAACUGCAGGCACUGGAGUUAAUGUCACUGAUGAUUUGCGCAUAGAGUGUAUGAACUUUCAUUAUAUUAGUUAAAAGGGGAAGCUAGGCUAAGUCACAAGACUGGCUCACUGCAGGGUUAAGACAGCAAAGAGGAGCUGAUGGGCACUUUCGUGAUGUUCAGAUGUCCUGGCUCCCUCGUUCAGCAUUGAAGUUAGGGUUCAGUUACAAGGGUUCUUGAAAUUCCACUUAUAAUUGUUUUCCCUACUGCUUUUUUUAAGUUACAGUUUAUAUGAUAGGAAUUUGCAUUAAAAGUGUUCAAAUUUUUGCAUCUAUUAAGAGUAUAAUAGAAAUGGAUCAUCUUUAUCACCUAAGAAAUAUUCUUUUUUUUUUUUUUUGGUUUGGUUUUUCUCCGGUACCGGGAACCGAACUCACGACCUUGUGCUUGCCAGGCAGGUGCUUUGCCGCUGAGCUAAAUCCCCAGCCCCUAUCACCUAAGAAAUAUUCUUGAGAUUUCUGGUCUACUGGCUUUUUAAUUGGAGUUAUUAAAAAGUUAUAUCUUAUAUGUAUAGGUGCAUAGUUAGAUAUCCUUGAGGUCCUUUUUGUUUUUUUUUUUUUUUUUUUUUUUUUUUUUGGUUUUUCUCUGGUACCGGGAACCGAACUCAUGACCUUGCGCUUGCCAGGCAGGCGCUUUUGCCGCUGAGCUAAAUCCCCAGCCCCUUGAGGUCCUUUUUGAUGGGAAAAAACCUCUCACACCUUGUCGUUUUCCGUUAGUACCUUUAGUCUGUGUUCUUUAUAGCCACCAGGUAUUCGUUGUGUGCAUUCUGAAAACACUGUCUCCCAAAUGUUUGGUUUUUUUUUAUUAUAGAACCAGAAUAUAUGUUCUCUGUAAAAAACUGGAAAAAUGUAUAUUCAAACAGAAAUAAACUGUUUUGCAUUUGUCCGUAUGUGCUAAAAGUUUGGUGUCAGUUCAAAUCCUGCCAUCUUUACUGACAGCUAUUUGCCUUUUUAUUUCAGAACAGUGAUUAUUGGCCAUUUUCUUAAAAACACACUCUAUCUUGUUGUUUUAAAGUUCAAAUUUUCAAUGUUUUCUCAUAAAGAAAUAAUAAAUGUUUGAAGAAAGAAAUACAUGUAACCUAAUUCAAACAUACAAUGUAAUCAUAGAAAUAGCACAUGGCACCCUAUGAAUAUGUACAAUUUUUUAUGUUUUUAUGUAUGUUAAAACAAAUUCAAAUUUCUUUUUACUGAUAGUCUUAAUACAAUGGCCCUUGCUUAAUUGUUCACCAUUAUUGACUUGUUUGUUCACUGUUACUAUUUUCAGUGUUAUGGAAUUGGACUAAAGAAUUAGAGGUCAUUAGGCAUAAAAAUCAGUGUGUUUAAUUGUUGAGAAAAACAAGAUCUGUGUGAUGAUUAUAGAACUAUUCUUAAUUCUUAAAGUUAAAUUCUGUCUACAGUUUAAAUGACUUCAGGAAUGUAUUCCAAACGUAAAGGUUUUUUUGGUAAAAGUUACAAGUUUAGUAAAAUGACAUUUGAAUCUAGGUUACUAUGUGGUAAAUUUCUAGAUGAUUCCUUCAUUAGAUGGCCUAUUGUAUUUAAGUUAUCCCAUGUAAUUCCUUUUUGUAUCAUGCCAGGGUUUUCUUUGUACUUUUGGUAUCUAAAUGCUAUUUGUAAAAUAUAUUGUCCAAGGUUGGAUCAUUGUUUUCAGACAUUUGCUGAGUAGAUAAUGAUAUGGGCGUUUUUCUGCAAGUAUUUAAACCAGGGAUACAUACAGACAUGUAAUUUUUCCUUGGAAAAACUACCACCUUGUUGAAAGUGAAAAUCAGAUGGUAGGGUUGGUGUUUAGGGUAAUUACAAAAUAGGCUUGCUUUCAAAGAGUUAGUUUUUCCCGUGGCUUUAAGUGUUACCUCACUAGUUUGCUGCUGUUAAUUUUGUUCACAUAUGGUAUUUGACAAAUAAGAUCUAUUUUUUUAGAUAUCUCACUGGUUUCUCCUUGCACAAUGUAUAUACUUUAAGGUGUAUAGAAAGGACAGUUGCAGGUGAGCCCUUAUAUAUGUUUUAAGAUACGAGGAUGUUCGCUGUUGUUUGAAAACUGUUUUGUGACAGUGACUGACCUCACUUAGGAAAUGUGACUUGAAGUGGCAGUCCAAGCUACUGAUGUAUCCUUAUUGACUGUUACAGCACCUUCCUCACCACCUUGUUUGUCCUCCACACUGUAAUCCUUAUUUCCUACUGCACUGAAAAUUUGAAAGUCUGUACAGUGCCUCUGAUACCAUUAGCUCUUUAAGCGGACAACAUGUUACAUUUAACAGAAUUUGCUUUUGAGCUGUUAGUGAAGAAUUUUAAACCUACUGUUAAAGUGUUCCACCAGAAUCUAACGGAAGUCCAUCAUCAUAAUUUGAAUGUUUUCAUCAUAGUAAUCCCAUUGGCUUUGCCAAAAGAAGCAACUGAUUGACUUGCUUCGUGUUCAUUUUCCAUUUUGUAUCGAUUUUAUAUGUGAAGUAAAAGGAGAUGAAUAAAAAGUUAAGGUAUACCUGGGAGAAAGACUAAAGCUGAAAGUACCUGAAACAAAGGAUUUAAAUCCAAUUUUAAAUGUAUCUAGUAUGUCUUCCCUUGUCUCCAGACCAGUUUAUUGUUCAGUUUAUUCCCAAGUGAAAUUGUAUACUGUUGUCAAGCCCGUUGGAUAAAUGGUGUAACUAAGAGAAAAUUUGUCACUUGUUUUAGGUCGAUGGCAGGUUUUGUUGCUGUCCGCUGUUCCGUGUUGCCCACCAGUGUAGUACAACUGUUAAUUCAGAUUCAUGUUGAAGAUCAUUUUUACAAGAGCUGGGUUGGAGUGCACGUUAGUGACUUGAUGAGACUUCUUUUUCCCUUUGGAAGGGGAAAGAGUCUCCUUAAAAUAAUUUUCAGGGACUUGGGGAACCUAACUCUAAAUACUACGCAUAAUAUAUGAAUAACUUCAUCCUUUAGAUAGUCCACGCAGUAGUCCAGAAUUCCUUGACGUUGCUCCUGGCCACACUUUCCUUGCCUGUGUUACUGCUGCAUGUAGUUGGAAAAAAUCCCACCUGUGUUCAUUUUUAAAUGUCCACUAAGUCACUUUGGUCAGUUAUACAGACUCGUCUUCCUUUUCCCGUGUUUAGUGAACUCUCACUGAACAGGAAUAAUAGCAAUAGCUAACAACAUCUGCACAGCACCUUACAGUUUGCCAAGGAUGUUCGUACAUUCUGCUUUGAGUUUUGCCUGGUGAGCCUGUCCCAAGAUGCCUCUUGAUGUCAUGCUGAAAGCCUUAGAACCAUCAGUCACGGGUGUUACCAGCUCUGCUGAAGUACGCAGCAGUGCCCUGCCUCGGGGGAGGACGUCCACACGCCAUGCUUUACUUCCAGCUGUGUGUUACCUGGUUAUCACCACGGGGGGCAUGAGUGCUUUAGCCACUGGAAUCAAAUUUACUUUUGUAAGUGAUGUUUUUCUAACCUUUGUCUUGAUAGAUUUUGUACUCGUACUAUCCUAGCCUGUAAUUUGUAUAAAUUGACCGUUACCAUUAAAAAAAUGCCCGUAAUACCA